CAAAUAUCUAACAUUUUGAUGCAUGAGAAGAGAUUUUCUACUUAAUCUGAAUGCAUGUUACUUUUGUGCAAGUCUCCUUUACCAUUGCUUUUAUCUAUCUUUGGUUUUCAAAGUUCCUUGUUUUGAGCCGGCUUCACAAGUAGGGGAAAAGCGAACACGGAAUAGCCUAACAAUUUGUUGCUGAAGAGCUUGGUGAAUGUUUUUUGUCAUAUAUAUGCUACUAUAACAAUCCAUGUGGAGUUGCUUCUAGCAUUAACUUUGGCUGUAAUGGCAUCAUGACAGAUCUGUAUUCUGGGCUAUGUUUGGGGCAAUAUAUUUGUGUUUUGGCCUACCAGAAGUUUAUAGAGUUCUGUUUGAUAUAUUUGGAAUGGACCCCGAGGCUGAAGACUGCCAACCUAGACUCAGGAGACAACUCGAGGAUGUCGACUAUACCUCUCUUGAGUUUGAAGGUAACAAGCUAAGCUGGCAAGAUGUUGCUACAUACAAGCCUCCAGAAAAUGCUCUUUUUCACCAUCCCAGGCUAUUUAGGGCAUGUGUUCCACCUGGCAUGCAUCGGUUUCGUGGGAAUAUAUGGGAUUAUGAGGCUAGGCCUCAAGUCAUGCAAGCACUUGGUUAUCCAUUGCCAAAUGCAGAUAAAAUGCCCGAGAUCACCGAGGCCAGAAAUAUAGAACUUGGACUUGGUUUGCAGCUUUCUUUCUUGCAUUACUCAAAGUACAAGGCUGAACAUCCACGUUUUUGCUUUGAGCGACUGGAAUAUCUUGGACAAAAAAUCCAGGACCUUGUAAUGGCAGAGAGGUUGCUUAUGAAGCAUCUGGAUGCCCCUGGAAGAUGGUUGAUGGAGAAGCAUCGUCGUGUCUUGAUGAAUAAAUUCUGCGGGAAGUUUCUGCGGGAAAAAAAUCUGCAUCGUUUUAUCAUAUACAGUGAUGUAAUGCAAGAUAAGUUUGAGCACAACCGGAGGAUGAGAAAUCCAGCUACAACUUCUGUUCAACAAGCCAUUCAUGGUCUCUCAUAUGCCGUGUAUGGGAAACCGGAUGUAAGGCGCCUCAUGUUUGAGGUUUUUGAAUUUGAGAGAGUUCGACCCAAGGCCGUGCCACUGGGUGGAUAAGUUUUGGUUUCAAAACUAGAAACUUAGGUUCCAGAACCAUACCAGGGUCAGAUAAGGUUCUGGUUUCUGUGGAACUGCCUGAAUAUUCAGUGUAAGAUGACAUAAGAACUGGAACCAGUUUUUGGGAUUGGAACUGCUGGCUCUAAGAAUGGGAACAAAAACUGGGUAUAGAACGUUUUGGUAAUGUGUCUUGGUUUUCCAGACCAAAUCGUGUUUGGCCGAGUCGAGUCAUUGUUAUGUUGUAUGUAUGUGUUUAUAGAUUGCAGCAGAACAUGAAAUUGUACAAAUUUCCCCUGAUUAUUAAUGCGCCUGAGUUGUAUAUGAUGACAUCCUUUAUCUCAUGGAUUUAGAGCUCAGU